AUGAAAAGGCAGUUCUUGCCCUCUCGUCGGUCAGAAUUCGACAGAGGCCUCGGAGCCACUCGCACCAUCUGCAGAGUUCAAUGGCUGCCCCACAAACCACCCCUGAAUCACAGGGCUGUGCCAACGAGCUACGGCCACCAAAGGCCUAAGCCACGACUCCUCCUGCCCUUAAAGGUUAAGAGCACAAAUGUACCUUCCAAGGCUCACAGGAGCUUUAGGAGCUCCAUUUCGACUUCAGGAGAAAGAACCAACACUUCGUUAUUUAUUGGCUCAAGCAAACGUUUGUUUUCUGACCUGGAAUACGCCUAUCUGUAUAUAAAGCGGGGCCCCGCGGCGCUGCGGGCCCCGCGGGCGCGGCCGGGCAGUACCCCCCGGGCGCUGGUGCUGAGGGCGCUGGGCAGCCGCACGGCGGAACGCGGCGAGGCCGGCGCUGCGGUGCCCCGAGUGCGGCACUGCUGCACCAACCCGGCGCUCUGCCGAGCCCCGCGGGCGGCAGAGUGCCCUACCGAGAGCGCAGGGGUGGUAAUAAUCACCGAAGAUUUUGCUUCUCCCUGUAGGCUUGUGUUGGUCCGAGUGCUGUGUCAGAGGACUGUGCGGGAAAGCAGACCGCAAAAAGCAGUUCUUUACCUUGUUGGGAUUCAUUUUCUUAUAGAUUCAUGUACAUACCAUCCAGGUGUACCAGUCUUUCAUGAUGCUCUGAAAGGUUGGUCAUGUUGUAAGAGAAGAACAACAGACUUUUCUGACUUCUUGAGCAUUGUGGGCUGUACAAAGGGUCUCCAUAACAGUGAGAAGCCUCCUGAGCCUGUUAAACCAGAAGUCAAAACUACCUCUGAGCGAAAGGAGCUAUCUGAACUGAAGCCCAAAUUUCAAGAACAUAUAAUUCGGGCACCAAAACCGCUGGAAACAAUUAAAAGACCAAGCCCAGAUGAGCCAAUGACAAAUUUGCAGCUGAAAGUGUCUGCUUCCUUGAAGCAAGCUUUAGAUAAACUGAAACUAUCAACAGAAAAUGAAGAGAGAAAAGAAGAAGACAGUGAUGAAAUCAAGAUUGGGACAGCAUGCAAAAAUGCAGGCUGUUCAAAAACAUACGAAGGACCACAGAGCACAGAAGAAGUAUGUAUAUACCAUUCUGGUGUACCUAUAUUCCAUGAAGGGAUGAAGUAUUGGAGCUGUUGUAAAAGAAAAACAUCCGACUUCAAUACAUUUUUAGCUCAAGAAGGUUGUUCAAGAGGAACACAUGUGUGGACUAAAAAGGAUGCGGUGAGUGGUAUUGGUGUUGCGUUCUGUAGCUAGAGUUCUGAGUACUGAGAAGUAGUUGUGUCUUUGAAUAAUUAUAAUACAUUACUAAAUGUUUCAUCAGUCUGACAAAAUUCUCUGUUUUCCCUCUUGAAGUUAAAUAUCCACAUUGUAUUUGAAGGAGAAAAAGAAUUUCAUCGCAGCGUGAAAUUGUGGGGAGUAAUUGAUGUAAAGAGGAGUUACGUGAACAUGACGGCUACAAAGAUCGAGCUUACUAUGAGAAAAGCAGAGCCCCUAUUAUGGGCAAGUCUUGAAUUACCAGGAUCAAACGCACAGCAGCAAACAGAAAAUUCAGAUUAAUAAUGAAUCCAAGAGACGAGUUAUUUCCCAUCAUGAAGUGGUGACUUGCUACUGUAAUCAAGUAUUUAACUUUUGUACACUCUUUUUUGAUGCUAGAUCUUGUGCUUCAGCCCACAAAG